AUGUCACCGUAUCUCUCCUUGGGGCGGAUCUACGUCUUGAUCCUUCUCUUGCUCCCAAAGCCAUUGAAUCAACCGCCAGAGAUAUUCAGGCACGGGACUCUUGCAUCGUUCGACAGGAAGACCCUAUACGACCGUAUUGCUCCAUUGGCCGCACCUAAUGAUACACUCUUCGACAAUUUCUUCGCGGCACUUGUCACUUCACGAUACGCCAUACCGAUUUCUAUAAUUAGCAACCCUACACAAAGCAAAGUUGUCAUAGAUGCCAUACGGCUUCAACAUGGCAUUAUCGAAGCACAAUUCCUUAGCGCAAACUAUCGUGUGGACAUGAAUUCUCCAAAAGCAACAGAGAAUGCUACAAAUGUACUGAUACCGACUCUUUUGAAUGGGUCCACAACCGGAAACUCGACAAAUUAUCCCGCAACAGUGACAUAUCCGUUCGGGAGGCAGCGCAUCGUUCAGGAUCAUACGGCUACUACCAUCCUGGAGGUUCUGCUGCUAACUAUUCUGAUACUUUCAGCGCUGAGUUGGUGGUUUGGUCCGCGCGAAGCAGCACUGCCGCGAAGCCCUACUAGUGUCGCGAGCGUACUCGCUCUCCUUGCUGGAGACCUCUAUGUAGCACCAAGUAAAACUUACGCCAAUGGAACUCGCACGGACUGCGCUACUCACAUUUCUGGUUCAGACUAUCAGUCAGAUAUUUCCAACACCACAUUCAGUAGUAAUUGGGACUUGGCAAUAACUGUAUUCAGCAUCACGUAUGCUGAAUUGAACCUUUGGAAUCCCUUUCUUGCAUACGACAGCAUAGAACACUGCACUUUCAGAGAAGAUCUCGAAUAUUGUGUGGAAUGGUCUCCCAUCGGGGAGACUACGACAGAGGCAAGCCUUAUCACCACUAUACCUACCGCCGUAAGCAUUCGUGUACCCAAUGACUGCACUCAAUGGGCCUUUAUCCAUGGUGACUCUACUUGUGAGGACAUCCUGCAGGUUUGGCAAAUCACACUAGAUUACUUCGUCAGUCUCAACGAGGGACUUGGCGAUGACUGCAGCGGGCUGCAAAACCUUACCUACUACUGCGUAAACAGCACUUCCAAUCCCGCACCAGCAAUCAGUGAUGAGCUAGGGACAGCUACGGCCACGGCCACGAGCACGAGCAACAGUAUCGUGACACCACCUGGUCCUACACAAACCGGUAUUCCUAGUAAUUGUAACAAUUACUAUGUCGCUCAAUCGGGCGAUACCUGCUCCUCCGUUGAAGAGUUGUACAACAUUACAAAUGAGCAGUUUCACGCUUGGAACCCAGCUGUGUCUUCCGAUUGUACCUCUGGAUUCUGGUCCGACGAAGCGUACUGUGUUAGAGUUGCUGGGUCAGAAGGUGGCAACACUACAAUAACUGUUUCUUCCACCUCGGCUUCGACGACUUUUUCAAGGACCACAACAACCAUUGUCCCCCCACCGGGCCCGACUCAAGAUGGCAUACCGGACAAUUGCAAUGUAUAUUAUGUGGCCCAGUCGGGCGAUGACUGCUCCACCAUCGAAGCAGAGUUCGGCAUUACUGAUGCACAGUUCCACGAAUGGAACCCGGCAGUGUCGUCUGACUGUGUUUCCGGCUUUUGGGCUGACGAGGCUUAUUGUGUGGGAAUCGCGGUUUAA